UCGAUCGAUGUUUUGUCUUCUCGAAGGUGCUCGAAUGCAGGCAGCGGCGUCGGUCGACUUUCGUCGGGACUUGUUUGGUCACCCCCGUGGGGGGACAGAUGGGUGACGCUGACGUAUGAGACGCAUCUGGACGAUCUGGACGCAUCUCGCCACUCGUGCGACGACAUCGCGCAAUCCGCUCCGGGCUUGGAUCCACGAAAAAAUAAUUUCGGCGCUCCUCGCCACGGUAUUUCGCACGGUGUUUCUCGUCGUCGAUCCCCUGUAUGGCUCUGUGACACCCAGCUCUGCGCGGUCGCGACCCGAAGAUGCCCCGGGACGCAGGCAUCGUCUACCUGCUGAUCGUGAUCGCGCACCUGUGCUCGUGCGCGCGUUACAACAGUCAUGAUUACAAUCAUUACGUCGAAUAUAACCUCGAGAGCGAAAAGAUAUGCCAUGUCCUGAACAAGAAGCACACGCUCGACAUGCAACACGGCGCCGCGGCGAUUGUUAUGCCGCACCACAUGUUCGACCACUGGGUCGUCAAGGCCAAUCGCAAUUGUACGUUCGUCUUCCGGACUGGCAAGAACGAGGGCCUCUUCGCGGUUAUUCAGAAGAUGUUUCUCCGUCGCGACGGCGAUCAGUGUGUUGAUUACAUACGGUUCAAGAGGAGCGAUGGUUUUUAUACAAACAAGUUCUGUGGAGAGUUAGACCGCAGCCAGACAACAUACCUCCCGGUUCCUGAGCCUGAGGACAGUUUGGGUAACAUAAAUGAUAGCCGAUCACCUAAUUACGACAUAUAUGCGGAAUAUGAUCCUGUUAAAAAAUCGAAACUGUGGUCUAUUCGGUCAGACUUGGCUUCGAUAGAAACCGAAAUAUUCAUUUCCAAGGAAAGAGUACCAGAUGGACAGUCCCUGGACCUUACAAUAGUUUACACCCCAUACAUGAAGUGCGAUCAGACAAAUACCGAGCACUACCAGGUGGUCGGAUACGAAAACUGUAUUCGGAAGGAAUACAUAUGCGACAAGAUCUACAAUUGUCCUUUUGGUAUAUGCUCGGACGAGAUGAAUUGCGUGGUCAAUGAUCAGUAUCCCAAGGAAAAUAAUGCCACAAGAGUCACUGUAGGAGCAGUCACCGUCACGAUCCUCGGCUUCAUAAUCUUCCUUAUGUGUCUAUGGAACUGCAAGAAAUCGGAAAAGUUGUGCUGGUCGUCGGAUUGCGCCGGUCCGAACGUGUGCUCGCGGCCGGUUUCCUUGCCGGACGCGGACAGAAGUCAGAGAUCCAAUCGCGCAGUGCCAACGGCCCCCAUGUUGGAGGUCGCGAUGUCCUCGCCUGUCGUGGACAAAGAUCUACCACCCAGUUACGACUCGUUGUUCCCUGAACAAAGUAAUCCUGCCAGAUCGUAA